UCGACGAGGAAGUCCCGUCGUUUGUUCAGAAGUACCGCUUCGCUAAAAGGAGGUUGCAGAUGUGUCGUGUUUAACGCUUCAACAAACCUAUCGCGCAAACGUGCAAUGGGAACAGAGACGUUUUGAGAAUGUUUUCAGCAACGGAGAUAAAGCUUUCAGUGAUGGAUGUUAGACCUCAGAGCACUAUCUAGAGUUUAUCUACACCCUCUUCCUCCUCUUCCUCCUCAUCACCAUGGACUCCCCUUCUAAGAAGCCCGGUGUGUUGUCCCACCUGCGGCAUCGCGCCCAGCCCUUCCUCUCUACCAUCCGGCGGGGCAGGAAGAGCCCCAGUAAGACUGAGGUGUGUCCAGAACAUGUCUUAAACCACAGGAUGAGUUCCUCUGUCCCAGACAUCACCCCUACCUCCUCCCUGGUCCAGCAGGACUACCAGACCUACAGCAGCCCCAACACUCCCACCAUUAAGACUGUUGUAGACAGAAGACAGGGAGGAAGUGGUAACUCUCACACUGUUAACACGGCCGGGAGUGCUGGGAGCGACGCUGCUCUAAGCAGACUGAGUGUUCCGGUGGCCCAGGUUGAUUGGACGUCCCAGGAGUCGGUGUGUAGUGGACACAGUGCUACUCCUUAUGAGGAGGAAGAGGAGGACCUACCAGAGGAGAGCCAUGCGCAGAGAGCUGCUUCUGCUGGACAGGGGUCAGGGAAUUCAGGGGAUUCGGAGCUGCAGGACCACACGGGACACUGUAGUGAACACACUACCACUCCCACUGACCUGCACGGCAGAGAGAUCCCCUCAGUGGAGAUAUCAGAGGACGUGACUCAGCAGAACGGUGACAGCCAAGACCUUGAGACCCAAACAUCACAAGACACGGAGAACAACAGUUUUGAGAUGGGGAGUCCUACUGAGAUGCUGAGUGUAUCAGGCAGCACCAGAGAGUCCCAGAGGUCCUACCUCCUCUCUAUCAACCUGAAGGAGGGACGCAACCUGGUCAUCAGAGACCGCUGUGGUACAAGUGAUCCUUAUGUGAAGUUUAAACUGGACGGGAAGACACUAUACAAGAGCAAAGUGGUUUACAAGAACCUCAACCCGACGUGGAACGAGUCCUUCUCUUUCCCUGUCAGAGACCUGGACCAGAGACUGUAUAUUAAGGUGUAUGACCGGGAUCUGACCAUGGAUGACUUCAUGGGAUCCGGCUACGUUCUCCUCACUGAUCUGGAGAUGGAAAAGGUGUGUGAGCUGUCCGUGCGUCUGGACGACCCCAACAGUCUGGAGGAGGACAUGGGAGUCAUCAUGCUGGACAUGUCUCUCUCUCUUAGGGAUAGAGACAACGAGAGGAACUCUAGGUGGCCUAAGAGGAAGAGGAGUAUCAGGUCUCCGCUGGCCCAGAGCGGUCGUCUAUCAGAGUCUCUGAGGAAGUCUCAGCUGUGGUCCGGUGUAGUGGGGGUGACCCUGGUGGAGGGACAGGGCCUGCCAGAGGACGGACCUGGAGAGCUGUUUGUACGAUUCACUGGGGAGCAGAGAUACAAGAGCAGGAACCAGCCCAAGAAGGCCAAUCCCCAGUGGAGGGAGAGGUUCGACUUCAACCGGUUCCCGGAGGGUCCUGGGGUCCUGGAGAUAGAGGUCUGGAACAAAGAGGGACGCAAAUAUGAGGAGUGUUACGGCAUGUGUGAGGUGGACCUGUCCAGUGUCCUACCCAACCGGGCUCAGCUGUUCACGCGGGUUCUGAAAGAGGGAAACGGUCGUGUGGUCUUCCUGAUCACUCUGAGCACGUGCAGCGGCGUCUCCAUCUCCGACAUGUGUGCCCCGCCCCUCGAGGAUCCUCAGGAGAGAGAGAACACUCUGGACAAAUACAGUUUCAAAAGUUCCUUCAGGAACCUCCGGGAUGUCGGUUUCCUUCAAGUCAAGAUUAUCAAGGCUACUGACCUGUUGGCAGCUGAUUUAAACGGGAAGAGUGACCCGUUCUGUGUUUUGGAGUUGGGCAACGACAGACUGCAGACUCACACCAUCUAUAAAACCCUUAAUCCCAACUGGAACCAAGUCUUCACCAUCCCAGUAAAAGACAUCCAUGAUAUUCUGGAGCUGACCAUCUUUGAUGAGGAUGGAGACAAAGCACCUGACUUCCUGGGCAAAGUGGCCAUUCCUCUGCUUUCUAUCCACAAUGGACAAUCGAUCUGCUGUCCCCUGAAGAAGGAGGACCUGGGUGGUCUGUCUAAAGGAAACAUCUCGCUGGAGCUGGAGCUCAUCUUCAACCCAGUCAGAGCAGCUAUCAGAACAUUUAAACCAAAGGAGAAGAAAUUCAUGGAAGACAAUCCAAAGUUUUCUAAAAAGAUCUUGGCGCGUAACGUGCACCGCGUGCGUAAUCUGUACAGAGCGGUGCAGUCCACACUGCAGUACAUGAAGAGCUGUUUCCAGUGGGAGAGUUUCCAGAGGAGUCUCAUAGCCUUCCUGAUAUUCCUGCUGGCGGUGUGGCAUUGGGAGUUCUACAUGUUGCCUCUCUGUCUGGUUCUGCUCAUAACAUGGAACUAUCUUCAGAUUGCAUCUGGACGGGCCAACCAGGACCUGGAUAAUAUGGACUUGGGCGAUGAAGAUGAUGACGAUGAAAAGGAAUCCGAGAAGAGAGGCUUGAUGGAAAGAAUUCACAUGGUUCAAGAGACCGUCAUCACUGUCCAAAACCUGUUGGAGGAAAUCGCAUGCUUCGGGGAGAGAAUUAAGAACACCUUUAACUGGUCGGUACCGUUCCUCUCCAACCUAGCCUUCCUGAUCCUGGUGACAGUAACAGUUCUGACAUACUUCAUCCCUGUACGAUAUAUCCUUCUAGUUUGGGGAAUUAAUAAAUUCACCAAGAAAUUACGGGCCCCGUACGCCAUCGACAACAACGAGCUGUUUGAUUUCCUGAGGAGAGUUCCUUCAGAUGUUCACAAGGUGCAGUACAGUGAGCUGAAGACAUUGAACGCCCAGAGUCCUCUGAGGAGGAAGAGAACCAUUGAGAGGAGGUGAUGGAAGAGUGAUCUAUGGUCCCCGAUGGAAGACAUGGCCAUGCAUACUGUUGCCGACCUCAGUCUGUUGUGCCCUGUGUGAAACGGGGCAUAUAGUGGAGGAUAUACAGGCCAUAAUCUGGAUCGUAAAUUCCUCUGUGUUGAGAAUUGGUUAGAAAACUGCUCCUGAGUUACUGCUCCUCUGUAGCUCAGUUUUGUAGGAAAUGGCAUUUGCUGUGCCAGGAUAGUGGGGUCCAGUCCCUGAGAUCACCCCAUAUGUAUAAAAUGUAUUCACGCAUUAACUAAGUCUCUUUGGGAUAAAAUCAUCUGCUACAUGGCAUCUAUACUGAACAAAAUGUCAAUGCAACAUGCUACCGUUUCUAAGAUUUUACUGACUUACAGUUCAUAGAAGAAAAUCAGUCAAUUUAAAUCAAUUCUUUAGGCACCUAAUCAAUGGAUUUCACAUGACUGUUCAGGGAUACUGAUGGAUGGAUUAUCUUGGGAACUCACUAACAGAGAGAUGUAAAAGCUUCCUGUUUUGUACGGAACAUUUCUGGGAUCUUUUUAUUUCAGCUCAUGAAACAUGGGACCAACACUUUACAUGUUGCGUUCGUAUUUGUGUUCAGUUUAUAUUAGUAGACAGACAUGGAUAAAGGCUAAAGAUCACCAGAAUGAUUUCCACCUACUCUACAUCAAGAUGGACUCAACACUAACACUUUUUAUAAUAUUGUUCACUUAUAUUUGUUUAUUGAAAGAUACUUUUUAAAUCAAAAACAGUUUUAUCCUGAUUUGUUCUUCUCCAUUUUUCUGACUUUUUAAAAUGUAUUUCUGUUUAAAGUUUCAGAAUAUGAUCUUUUUAUAUUGUUAAGAGAGAAACUGCUUUAACCCGUCAAUAGAAAUCUAAUGUCUGAAUGAAUCAAAAACUGCUUUAACCCGUCAAUAGAAAUCUAAUGUCUGAAUGAAUCAAAAACUGCUUUAACCCGUCAAUAGAAAUCUAAUGUCUGAAUGAAUCAAACUGCUUUAACCCGUCAAUAGAAAUCUAAUGUCUGAAUGAAUCAAACUGCUUUAACCCGUCAAUAGAAAUCUAAUGUCUGAAUGAAUCAAAAACUGCUUUAACCCGUCAAUAGAAAUCUAAUGUCUGAAUGAAUCAAAAACUGCUUUAACCCGUCAAUAGAAAUCUAAUGUCUGAAUGAAUCAAACUGCUUUAACCCGUCAAUAGAAAUUUAAUGUCUGAAUGAAUCAAAAACUGCUUUAACCCGUCAAUAGAAAUCUAAUGUCUGAAUGAAUCAAACUGCUUUAACCCGUCAAUAGAAAUCUAAUGUCUGAAUGAAUCAAACUGCUUUAACCCGUCAAUAGAAAUCUAAUGUCUGAAUGAAUCAAAAACUGCUUUAACCCGUCAAUAGAAAUCUAAUGUCUGAAUGAAUCAAACUGCUUUAACCCGUCAAUAGAAAUCUAAUGUCUGAAUGAAUCAAACUGCUUUAACCCGUCAAUAGAAAUCUAAUGUCUGAAUGAAUCAAACUGCUUUAACCCGUCAAUAGAAAUCUAAUGUCUGAAUGAAUCAAAAACUGCUUUAACCCGUCAAUAGAAAUCUAAUGUCUGAAUGAAUCAAAAACUGCUUUAACCCGUCAAUAGAAAUCUAAUGUCU